GACAAAAGAACCCCUUCUUCUCUUUUCUAGGUUUUACGGUAGUUCUACCUUAGAAACGGAAGUCGCCGUGACAUCUUCCUUAGUAACAAGAAGCUUGCUCCUCGGUGUAUUUAUGUUUAGCAUAGUUAGCUGAACGCUUCCAUUAAGUUUUUUUCUGAAGAGCUUAUUUCAUUUUAAAGUUGUUUUAUUCUAUCGCGAGAAUACAAGCGUCUAAUGUUGUAGCGACGAAGGAGAAAUACUUGUAGUUAACUGUAAAUGUGACAUUAUCCACAUUAUCUUAGCAGCUGCUGUUGUCUGCACCAUGUCUCUCUGAAGAAAUGACUUCCAACCUUCGGUGCCUUUCUCUUUACAUAUGUAUCGUCUUGUGUGGACGUUUGGCUCAGGCAGCCACAGAAUCAGGGCUCACUUCAAGCGGCACUCCCAGCCCCAACAACUGGGGGCAGUUCAGCUCAGCAACCCCUGCUCCGGGCGGCACAGCGGGCCACGACUCCACCAGUGUCGGCACCACUGAGGCGGCUACCCCGGACUCUACUGUGGACUCUACUGUGGACUCUUCCCCGGACUCUACUGUGGACUCCAGUCUAGACUCUAUGGCCACCACGACCCUGACUGUGUCUGAAGCCCCCGCUGUGGUCACUGAAGCGCCCCCUACAACCAGCGCCCCGCCUGUGGUGGCUUCAGGCUGUCUCUGUGAUUUAACUCCUGAUUUCUGUGACAUUGGCUGCUGUUGUGACACAGUUGAUUGUGGCAUUGCAAACCUGAGUACUGUCUUCACUGGAUGUACACAGAAAGGCAUAUCGGGAGUUUGCAUUGAGGAAUGGCUGAUGUUCAGGGCUAACGUGGAUUCGUCUCUUGUCACUGUGACUGAUUCCUUGUUUUGUGUCCGGCCUGAAGGUAAUCCACCCCAGUCCCUCCCAGCUCGACUUCAGUAUCCAGCUUUAGGGGACUCCUACCACUUCUCAGCACCAGCACCUCCCAGCAGCAGCCACAGCAGAGAUUUCUACAGGGUUGAUGAUGUCAUCCAGACAUAUUUCUCCAGCUCGGCCGUGCGGGGUCUCCUUCGCCAGCCAUCUCCAGGAGUGGCUGCUGAAUUCUGUAUCGACCGCAACCCUGCAAAGUUCUUGAGGUCUGUGUCUCAGUCUUGUACUCGCUUGUUGACUCCUCAGUCAUGCACCACAGACCCAAGUUUCAACGCACGCUCCUACUUCUCUGAUCUGAGCCUGAUCAAGAUUCCAAUUGUUGAGACAGCACAAGUGUCAGGAUUUCUGGUUCCAGUUACUCCGCUGUCUGACUGGCCUGCACCAAGUGAGCAAAACAACUCCUGUGUCAAUGUGGUGAAAAAUGUGGAGUUUGUCAUAGGCUACACAGGCAGAGGGGAACUCUCAUAUGCGACAGUGAACGUAGUUUUAGCUGAUGUGGAUCCAAAUCAGUUGCUGCUGCAGACGCACUCUGUACAGUUCCAGCUGGCCACACCCAGCCCCACUCCAGCAGGACUGACCCCUGCUGUCGGACUUAGAGUAGGAUCUCCUGUCAUUGGUCGCUUUAAUGGAGAAGUUCAGCCUCUGACUACACUGGGAGUCUCACAGAGCGGGGAGUGUUCCUCUGACCCCAGCAGACGAGCAGCCGUCCUCUUCACACACAGCACUGUCACUGGAUGCACAUUCAGUUCCCCAGCUAACGACUGUUUGGAGCUGCGUUCCCAGAUUUACGGGAUCCUGCAGGGACUUGCUACUCCUGAUGUAAUUGCCAUGAACCUGGCUUCCCAACCGGACUGGACAAGAGUCAUCACCCAGGAGUGUCCCGUCAGCCUGGAGGAAACAUGUGUCUCAGGCUGCGUCCUCCCCAACUCUCUCUCUAUCCGAGUGCUGUGGGCCCGCCAGGGUCCUUUAGACCUUCCUCAGAACUACAUCCUGGGGGCCAAAUAUCUUUUCCGUUGUCAAAAAUUCAAGUGUGCUGUAUCGUCCCCUAUCACUCUAACCACUGAGGUGACAUUUGUCGACACUACAGUUUACCCAGAACCCCCCAGGGGCUCACCUCAGCCUAACUGGAAGUUUCCAUUCGGUUUCUUCACUAGAGGCACUGCUGAGCUGGACGGCCACACCGUCAGCAACGGCAGUGACAAAGAGAAGGUCACAUGGAGUUUAAUGCUGUUCACUGUCAUGUUACUAACAGGAUUAGAGUUCUUCACAAGGUAGUCUGAUAGCUAACAGUGCAGCAGUUAGGGCACUUUUUAACUUCUUAUCUUGAGUAACUAGUUGUACAUGAAAGAAUGUUUGAUAUGUAAUUUUAUUUUGUUAAACUUUUUUUUUUUUUUUUACAAUAUUAAGAGUUUUCCAUCUCAAGAA